AUGAUGGCUACUUUACCAGGAACGAUGCCUCGGAUGAUGCGCCCUGCGCCGGGCCAGAACUACCCCCGAACCGGCUUCCCCCUGGAAGUAUCCACCCCUCUGGGCCAGGGUAGGGUGAACCAGCUUGGCGGUGUGUUCAUCAACGGGAGGCCCCUGCCCAAUCACAUCCGACACAAGAUAGUGGAGAUGGCCCACCACGGCAUCCGACCCUGCGUAAUCUCGCGACAACUGCGAGUUUCUCACGGUUGUGUCUCCAAGAUUCUCUGCCGAUACCAAGAGACCGGCUCGAUCCGUCCGGGAGCCAUAGGAGGCAGCAAGCCCAGGCAGGUGGCAACUCCUGACGUGGAGAAGCGGAUCGAGGAGUACAAGAGAGAAAACCCCGGUAUGUUCAGCUGGGAGAUCCGGGAUAAGCUGCUGAAGGACGGGGUGUGCGACAGAAGCACAGUUCCUUCAGGUGAGGCUUCAUCUGUGAGCUCCAUCAGCCGCGUAUUGAGGGCCCGAUUUGGCAAAAAGGAUGACGAGGAUGACUGUGAUAAGAAGGAUGAAGAUGGAGAAAAGAAAACAAAGCAUAGCAUCGAUGGCAUCCUCGGUGAUAAAUGUAACCGCACAGACGAAGGUUCAGAUAUAGAUUCAGAGCCCGACUUGCCCCUGAAGAGGAAGCAGAGACGCAGUCGCACCACCUUCACCGCUGAGCAGCUGGAGGAGCUGGAGAAGGCUUUUGAAAGGACACAUUACCCAGAUAUCUACACCAGAGAGGAGCUGGCCCAGAGGACAAAACUCACAGAGGCCAGAGUACAGGUGUGGUUUAGCAACAGGCGCGCUCGGUGGCGUAAACAGGCCGGGGCCAAUCAGCUAGCGGCCUUCAACCACCUGCUUCCUGGAGGAUUCCCUCCCACAGGGAUGCCAAGUUUACCCACAUACCAGCUACAAGAGUCCAGCUACCCCGGCACCACGCUAUCGCAGGAGGGCAGUACAUUGCACAGGCCCCAACCCCUGCCUCCAUCCUCCAUGCACCAGGGAGGUCUGACUGCUGAUGGCAGCUCUGCUUAUGGACUCUCGUCCAAUCGCCACGGCUUCUCCAGCUACUCCGAUACUUUCAUGAGCCCCUCAGCAUCCAGCAACCACAUGAACUCUGUCGGCAACGGGCUCUCCCCACAGGUGAUGAGUAUCCUGAGUAACCCCAGCGUCGUACCCUCCCAGACCCAGCACGACUUUUCCAUUUCCCCCCUGCACGGCGGCCUGGAGAGCUCCAACCCCAUCUCAGCCAGCUGCAGCCAGCGCUCUGACAGCAUCAAGGACAGUCUGGCUUCCUCUCAGUCAUACUGCCCCCCCACUUACAGUGCCACCAGCUACAGCGUGGACCCCGUCACUGCAGGCUACCAAUACAGCCAGUAUGGCCAGACUGCUGUGGACUACCUGGCUAAGAACGUGAGCUUGUCCACCCAGAGGAGGAUGAAACUUGGAGACCACUCGGCCGUGCUGGGACUGCUGCAGGUGGAGACGGGACAGGCCUACUAA